AUGGCUCGGAGUGGGCUCAUCAACUCGGACCGCGUCCUCGCUGCACUGACGAAGGUCAACCGUGCACAUUAUGUCCAGGAUAUCGAAGGCGCAUAUGUGGACGCUCCUCAGUACAUUGGGUAUGGUGCAACUAUCUCCGCCCCUCACAUGCACGCACAUGCCGCCGAGAACCUUCUCCCCCUCUUGCACCCAGGAGCCCGUGUACUCGACGUCGGCUCCGGUUCGGGAUAUCUCUGUGCGGUCUUCCACCAUCUGAUCUCGGACGGCGCUCCCGGUAAGGUCGUCGGGAUAGAUCACAUCCCUGAGCUCGUCGACUGGUCGGUCGAGAACCUCCGCAAGGACGGCCUCGGCGAGGCCGUGGAUGACGGGCGCAUCGUGAUGGUUGCCGGCGAUGGCAGACAAGGUUAUCCUUCCCUCGGCCCGUACGACGUCAUUCAUGUCGGGGCCGCGGCGCCCAAGCUGCCCUCUGUACUCGUUGACCAGCUCGCGAGCCCCGGGCGCAUGUUCAUCCCCGUCGGAUCGUACUCCCAGGAGAUACUUCAGGUUGACAAGGACGAACACGGCAACGUGACGAAGAAGCAGCUAUUCGGGGUCAUGUAUGUCCCCCUAACGGACAAGGACAAGCAGUUUUGA